ACUCUCUGCUCCUUCCCACACCCCCAUUCUCUCUCCAAGUCAACAAUGGCUCCUUCUGGCGAAUGCUUCUGCUUUCUUCCUCUCUCUUUCUCUCUCCUUUGAAAUCUUUCCUCUCCUCUUUCUGUCAGCUGUCUGAUUCCGGCAACUUCAAGUAAGCAGAGAAGAAAGGAGGGUUUUUGUCUAAUGAUCGAGAAUCUCCAUUCAGAGAGCUAAACAUCAAGAACCGGCGAACCAUGGGUGGAGGAGGGACGGUGGAGGAGGAGGGAGGCCGGUGGCCACCGUGGCUGCGGCCGCUUCUGUCGACGAACUUCUUCGUCCAAUGCAAGUACCACGCUGAUUCCCACAGGAACGAAUGCAACAUGUACUGUCUCGAUUGCAUGAGCGGCGCCCUCUGUUCCUUCUGUCUCGACCGCCACAGCGGCCACCACCCGAUUCAGAUACGGAGGUCUUCCUACCACGACGUGAUCAGAGUUUCCGAGAUCCAGAAGGUGCUGGACCUCACCGGCGUGCAGACGUACAUCAUCAACAGCGCCCGCGUCGUCUUCCUCAACGAACGCCCCCAGCCGAGGCCGCGCAAGGGCGUCACCAACAACUGCGAGGUCUGCGGCCGGAGCCUGCUCGACUCCUUCCGCUUCUGCUCCCUCGGCUGCAAGGUUCCCACCUCCAUGCCAUUUGAUUCAAUCUCUGCGGCAUCAUCAAUCAUUCAACUGCCAUGUCCGUUUCAGAUGGCCGGCACCGCACCAGACAGCAAGAGGAAGAACAAAAUCCUACACGAGGCCAUCAAGAUAAAGUCAACGACGGAGUCAGACACAGAUGAGUCUUACACGAGCACCAGCCGUGGCAGCGAGAAGAGCAAUGUGACACACAGCUUCACUCCGUCGACGCCCCCGCCGACCGCCGCCAGCCUCAGCAGCGCCAAGAGAAGGAAGGGCAUCCCCCAUAGGGCUCCCUUCGGAAGCCUGAUACUGGAGUUCUAGUCGCUCACCUACUCUACCACGAGUUCCAACGGAGUAGUAGCACAAUCACAUAGUUACCGCGGCAGGAAAAAAGAGCAGAACAGGUGAAGGCAUCUUUAAAGCAAGUGUUCGAGGCAUUGUCGUUGUGGUGAUAAAUAACUGGUAGUUAUUUCAGAGAGUUGUACAGUAAAAAGUAUGUUGUUUGAAGGCUCUGGUAACUGUAAAUAUCGAAGGGAAGGGUUACGUGCGUGUCUAAAAACCACGGGCACUCCAUAUAGUAAUAAAGAAGGUUUCUUUAUUUACA